AUGGCGCGCGUUUAUGCCGAUGUUAACGAGCAUAUGCCUCGGUCCUACUGGGAUUAUGACAGUGUAAACAUCUCUUGGGGUGUUCUAGAGAACUAUGAAGUGGUCCGCAAGAUAGGCCGUGGAAAGUACUCGGAGGUCUUUGAGGGCAUCAAUGUUGUCAACUACCAGAAGUGUGUCAUCAAGGUCCUCAAACCAGUCAAGAAGAAGAAGAUCAAGCGUGAGAUCAAGAUUCUUCAAAAUCUGGCAGGUGGUCCCAACGUGGUAGCUUUGCUGGAUGUGGUCCGCGAUAGUCAGAGCAAGACCCCGAGUCUGGUUUUCGAGUAUGUGAACAAUACCGACUUCCGCACACUCUAUCCGCGAUUCUCCGACUACGAUGUCCGCUACUAUAUCUAUGAGCUCCUCAAGGCGUUGGACUUCUGCCAUAGCAAGGGUAUCAUGCAUCGCGAUGUGAAGCCUCACAAUGUCAUGAUCGACCAUGAGAAGCGCAAGCUGCGUCUUAUCGAUUGGGGUCUUGCCGAAUUUUAUCACAAGGGCACUGAGUAUAACGUCCGUGUUGCCUCUAGAUACUUUAAGGGCCCUGAGUUGCUCGUUGACUUCCAGGAAUACGACUAUUCUCUGGACAUGUGGUCACUCGGUGCCAUGUUCGCAUCUAUGAUCUUCCGCAAGGAACCUUUCUUCCACGGAAACAGCAACUCGGACCAACUGGUGAAGAUCGCCAAGGUCCUCGGUACUGAAGAGCUCUUCGAGUACUUGGAUAAAUAUGAAAUUGAACUGGACCCUCAAUAUGAUGAGAUUCUUUCCCGUUUCCCCCGCAAGGCCUGGCAUACCUUCGUCAACGCCGAGAAUCAGCGUUUCGUCUCUGACGAGGCCAUUGAUUUCCUAGACAAACUUCUCAGAUACGAUCAUGCGGAACGUCUUACCGCACAGGAGGCCAUGGCUCACCCUUACUUCGAUCCUGUCCGGCCAGAAGUGCAAGCCCAGAACAAUAGGGGAUUGUAA